UUUUUUUCUAUAGAAAUAGAUUGAAGUGAUUUUGACUGACAAACAUCAGUGAGAAACAUGGCCAGUCAAGACACAGGACAAAUAUUAAAGUACUUCAUAGGAAUCAUCAUGGCUGUCCUGCUGACCUGUGAUUGUGGAAUACGGAAUGCAUAUGCGAAUGCAUAUUCUGAUUUCCCAGAAACAAAUAUCGAGUUACAGUUUAGCUACAUAGAUGGGCAACUGCAUCAUAGAAGACCAAGAAGCACAGAUCUAUUGGAAUACUUUGCGGUUGUGGAAAUGAAUGUAUCCCAAGCUGUGGUGAUUGAACAGAUCAAAACAUCAUUGGCGUUUUUCAUGUUUCCUUUUCAAAUGGACAACAGUACUGAAAUUACUUCUGCAAACAUUACAACAGUGUGCCAACCAAAUGUGUCUGAAUACCAGUGCGUAUGUGAAGAUGGUUAUGCAUGGUCAUACAACAACUGCCAGACAUAUGAGGCCUGUGGCGACAUCAGUUUUGGCUCAUGUGGAUGUAUCAGUCAUAUUCCCAGUGAUGGAGAAAUGUGUGUGCAGGAGAACGAACUGUCCUUCACAGACAUCUUCUCUGAAAUUGAGUUGGAAUCAACAAGCAUCUCUGUGAUCGAUGAGAUGAGGCGAUAUCUGCAGAACAUCACUUUUCCACUUCAAUUAGAUGAGGUGGUUGAAGUAUUAGAUGUGGACAUCACGACAGUGUGCAAUUUCAAUGACAGUGGAUACAAGUGUGUAUGUGAGGACCAGUAUUUCUGGCCGUGUGAUAAAUGCAAAGAAUAUGGGAGCUGUGACAGCAUCACUAACAACACAUGCAGCUGCAUCAAUGAUAUUCCAAGUGACAGACAGUUCUGUCAAAGAGUCAACGAGAUAACAAGUGAUAACAUAACAUGUGCGCAACCAGCAACAGUACCACCACCAACAGCACCAUUAACAGAAUCUCCAACACAAUCAGUAUCAACAGAAUCACUAUCAACAACAAAACCAUCAAUAUCAUCAACAACAUUAUCAACACAAUCAAUUACUCCACCAUCAACAGAAUCACUAUCAACAGCAACACAAUCAAUGUCUUCACCAUCAACAGAAUCACCAUCAUCAUCAACAGCAACAGCAACGCCAUCACCAUCACCAUCAAUGGUAACACCAUCAACAGAAUCACCAUCAUCAACAGUAACAGAAUUAACAUCUACACCAUCACCAUCAAUGCUAACACCAUCAACAGAAUCACCGUCAUCAACAUUAACACAAUCGACAUCUACGCCAUCACCAUCAACACUUACACCACCAACAGAAUCACCAUCAUCAGCAAUGCCAUCACCAUCAACGCUAACACCAUCAACAGAAUCAUCAUCAACAGCAACACAAUCAACAUCUACACCAUCAACAGAAUCACCAUCAUCAUCAACAGUAACACAAUCAACAUCUAUAAUCAUCAUCAACAGCAACAGAAUCACCAGCAAUGCCAUCACCAUCAACACUAACACCAUCAACAGAAUCACCAUCAACAGCAACACAAUCAACAUCUACACCAUCAACAGAAUCACUAUCAACAGUAAUGCAAACGACAUCUAUGCCAUCACCAUCAACAGAAUCACCAUCAACAGCAACACAAUCAAAAUAUUCACCAUUAACAGAAUCACUAUCAUCAGCAAUUCCAUCAUCACUAACAUUAUCAACAGAAUCACCAUCAUCAUCAUCAACAGUAACACAAUCAACAUAUACACCAUCAACAGAAUCACCAUCAUCAUCAACAGUAACACAAUCGACAUCUAUGCCAUCACCAUCAACAGAAUCACCAUCAUCAUCAACAGCAACACAAUCAACAUCUACACCAUCAACAGAAUCACCAUCAUCAUCAACAGUAACACAAUCGACAUCUAUGCCAUCACCAUCAACAGAAUCAACAGCAACACAAUCACAAUAUUCACCAUCAACAGAAUCACCAUCAUCAUCAACAGUAACACAAUCAACAUCUACACCAUCAAGAGAAUCACCAUCAUCAUCAACAGUAACGCAAUCGACAUCUGUGCCAUCACCAUCAACAGAAUCAACAGCAACACAAUUAACAUAUGCACCAUCAUCAACAGAAUCAACAUCAUCAUCAAAAGCACUGCCAUCACCAUCAACACGAACACUAUCAACAGAAUCACCAUCAACAGUAACACAAUCGACAUCUACGCCAUCACCAACAACAGAAUCACCAUCAUCAACAGCAACACAAUCAACAUUUACACCAUCAACAGCAAUGACAUCAACGCAAACACCAUCAACAGAAUCAUCAACAUCUUCAACAGCAACACAAUCAACAUCUACACCAUCAACAGAAUCACCAUCAACAGCAAUGCCAUCACCAUCAAUGCUAACACCAUCAACAGAAUCACCAUCAUCAUCAACAGCAACACAAUCAAGACAUACACCAUCAUCAGAAGUGCCAUCACCAUCAACGCUAACACCAUCAACAGAAUCAACAUCAUCAUCAACAGCAAUGCCGGCAUCAUCAACAGAAUCAUCAUCAACAGCAACACCACCAACGCCAACACCACCAACAGAAUCACCAUCAUCAUCAACAGCAACACCAUCACCAUCAAUGCUAACACCAUCAACUAA